GCUUUGCGAUAAACCAGAAGUUAUUGUAGACAAACAGACUGAAAGAAUCAGAAUUUUCCACAGAACGUUUGAAGACAUGGCCUUUUUUUCUAAGUUUGUUUCCAGCACGUUCGACCUGCUUUCUUCAGUGUCCUGAACCGUACUGGCGAAAUGAGCUCUCUAUAAUUUAAGCUCAUUCAUUUCCAAAUGACAACUUGUCAAGAAACAAAAGACUAUUCAAAUUUCUCAGCAAGGGGAAGGACAUCAGCGAGCUUCUUCCUUCAACAAAGAAUAUCUAUACUCUCUUAAUUCAAAAGAUUGAAAAUUUCAAUCUUUCAAAGGUUUGAAAAAAAACUCAAUCGAAUAGAUUGAAAUUAGAUUGAAAAACGCUCAGUCAGUUUGCCAUUCGAUUGAAAUAUAUCAGUCGAUUAGAACGACUGAUAAUUAUUUCAAUCUUUGAAAAGAUUGAUACUUUUAAGCCAAUCAUAUAUCUCAAAAUUCGCGCGCGCGGGCCAGUUUGAGGAAGAAGAAGCUUUGCUCACUUGCUUUUUCUGAGGAGUGAGGAAGUCAUGGAGGGGGAAGAAAACGCUUCGGAGCCCCGGCAAAUAUUAGAAAAGGAUGGGUUUCCUUUGGAGAUUAUUUCAAAAAUGGAAGGUUAGUGAUUCACUUUUACAUAUAUACAUGUAUUUUUUUCUUAUAGGCUAGCAAUAGUCAAUAGUAUAUCUAGAAUAGUUCUUUUUAAAACGGAAAGCUGCUUCUGGUUUUAUGCUUUAUGUGCUUCCUGCGGGAAGGCAAAAAAUACAAAAAAUGUUUUUAUAUCAGACGAAACCAUUUCGAACCAUAUAAGAAACCUCAAUAUACAAAAUUGUAUCUCAAUUUAACAUUUGAAAAUGCAAAACUGGAGUAGUUAUAAACAACUAAAUGCUUUUUACAAAAGAAAAAUUAUAAAAAAAAAAUCGUCGCCAUUUUUCAUGGCAGCAAAACGACAACACACUUUGAAGCUCUUGUUGCAUUUGAUCAUGCAUGUAUGGUACUAUGGUUUCACAUUGCUUCACUGUAAUCAGAUUUUUUACGACCUUAAUACAAUCAACUGUACGGAAGGCAAUUUGGUCACAUAGUCAUUUACAGCGUUAGUUUUUUCCACGGCAACAUAUUUUGCUUUGGUAUAAAUUGUCAUUUGUAUAAUUUCGUUGCUUAUAUUUUCGUUGCGUUUGCGGUUUGCUUGCUCAGAAAACUUUAUUUAGCGGCAUAAAAAGCAAAAGACGGCACACUAAACAGCCCAAACUUCGAUAAUUCAUGUCAAGGGACGAGUUUAAACGUGUUUAGUCGUUUAUUAAUAUUAUUAAAAAUUUAAAAGUAAUUAUCGUGUAAAAAAUCAAGAUGGCUGCCACAUCGAGACACCUCAGACACGCAGAGGCAUAUUUUAAGAUUUAUAAAGUAUUUUGGCAUCUGAUAUGGAGCAAAGCGAAGAAGCAUUUAAUAUAAAAUGUCCCCUUGAAAGGUCUACAAAUUGUGAACUUGCUCACUAGCUUGCAAAGGUAUGUCGUUAGCUCAUGCAGAUGGUGUGCCAAGUUGUGUUUCAAACUAUAUAAAUUGAAAUGAAAUACAUCAAAUCAAAACCGGCCUAUAACCCACAAAACUUGACAAAAGCAACUUAUAAAACUUCACACUGUCUUGUAUUGUACUAUGCUCAUGCAUAUUAUGCUCUUUCAUUUAUAAUUUUAAUAUGGAACAUGCACUCUAGUAACUUAUAUUUUUAUAAAUGAGCAAGAGCAAUUUAUUUUAAAAUAUUUUCAGAUAUGUUUUGGCAAAGUAAAUAAAACAGGUGUGAGUGCACUCAGCUGAAUUGCACUAACCAUUUCAUUGUAUGUGUAUAAAUAUUUAGACACUAUCAAACAUGAACUUAACCCAUUGUUAUUCAAGGCUUGCAUCAGGUCCUAGGUAGUGUAACUUUUUUGCCUACAUGUAGUUGUGAGUGGGAGCCAACUCAGAGCUGCGAAUAGUGCUGUUUGAAAUGCGAUCGAGCUGAUGAAAAUUUUGUAGCACUAAGAUAAGGUUAAAAAGCACGAAAGCGGCUGCAAGUGUUGUCCAGCUAAUUUGAUUGCAAGCAUUCAGUUAUUUAUUUGUAGUGUAUUUGCAUGCGAUUAAAUGCACAUUUUCCAAUUGCAUGGAUUGUCAAUAUAUGGUGAAACUGUGCUAGACUCAUGCACCUUGACAAGUAAAAAUGGCAACCAGAGUAAAAAUGCAAUGUGGGGCACAAGAGUCAUAUAUAAUUUAACCCAUUAACCAGUGCCACCAGUGCUCUAGCUACUACAGUUGAAUAAAAUCGUAUGGCAUUAGACAGAAUAAAUACUAAAGUAGGGCACAUUUGGGCACAUUGCUCGCUAACGAGUUAACAAGAGACAUGGGCAAAUAGGUUUAUUAACCCAUUGAGUGGCAGCUCUCUCCAUUUGACGAGUAAAAUACUCUGGCGUUAGACAGAGUAAUUAAAAUACUAAGGUAGGGUGCAUUGCCACUUAAAGGGUUAACAGGAUGCAACCCAUAAUUGAGCUAACCCAUAAUUGAGCUAACCCAUAAUUGAGUGGCAGCACUCUCCACUUCACUAGUGUUAGACAGAGUAAAUACUAAAGUAGGGUGCAAUUUCGAGGUGCAUUGCCACAUAAAGGCUGGGUUAACCACCAGUAUACUCUACCACUGCUGAGUAAAAUUGUCUGGCAUUAGACAGAGUAAAUACUAAAGUAAGCAGCAUUUGGGCACUAAUGAGUUAACAAGAGACAUUGGGCAGAUAGGUUUGUUGACCCAUUAACCACCAGUACUCUACCACUGACGAGUAAAAUUGUCUGGCGUUAGACAGAGUAACACUAAAGUAGGGUGCAUUUGGGCGCAUGAGUUAACAGUUUAAUCCAUUAAGUUGCAUGUCUCUCCCCUCGGCAGGUAAAUUGUAUGACCUUACCCAGAGUAAAUGUUAAGGAUAAAGUCAGGUGCAUUGCUGCUCAAUGGGUUAACCCAUUGAGUGGCAGCUACAGUAGCACUCUCCCCCUGGGGCUGGUUGUUCAAAGCCUGUUUAGCUUAAACAGUGGAUAAGUCGAAAAUAUUGAUCAAGUUUAUACAUUCAUCAAGUAACUAAACUAAAAUAUUUCAACUUGAGUAGAACAACCGGCCCCUGAUGAGUAAAAUCAUCAGGCGUUAACAUAGUAAAAUAAUCUAGUGUUAGACAGAGUAAAAUAAUAAAGUAGGGCACAUUGCCACUUAAAAGGUUAACAGUGUGCAUGGGCAGAUAGUCUGAUUAAUGCAUUGAGUGGCAGCACUCUCCCCAUGAUGAGUAAAAUCAUCUGGCAUUAGUCAGAGGAAAAUAAUCUGGUGUUAGACAGAGUAAAAUAUUAAAGUAGGGUGCAUUGUCACUUAAAGGUUAACAGCUAGGGUACAUGGACAGAUAGUCUGAUUAAUGCAUUGAGUGGCAGCACUCUUCCCCUGAUGAGUAAAAUCAUCUGGCAUUAGACAGAGUAAAAUAAUCUGGCGUUAGACAGAGUAAAAUAAUAAAGUAGGGCACAUUGCCACUUAAAAGGUUAACAGGGUACAUGGCCAGAUAGUCUGAUUAACACAUUGGUCGAGUGACAGCACCCUCCCCUGAUGGGUAAAAUCAUCUGGUGUUAGACAGUGUAAAUUAAUCUGGUGUUAGACGGAGUAAAAUAAUAAAGUAGCCAGGGCACAUUGUCACUUACUGUAAAGGGUGAACAGGGUGCAUGUGCAGAUAGUCUGAUUAACACAUUGAUAGAGUGACAGCACCCUCCCCUGAUGAGUAAAAUCAUCUGGCAUUAGACAGAGUAAAAUAAUCUGGUGUUAGACAGAGUAAAAUAAUAAAGUAGCCAGGGCACAUUGUCAAUUACUGUAAAGGGUGAAAAGGGUGCAUGGACAGGUAGUUAUUUAUCUUGUCAAGUAAAAUCAUCUCUUGUUAGACAGAGUAAAAGGAUAAAGUGGGGCAGCGGUACAGUUGGGAGUGCAUUGCCGCUGAAUGGGUUAACCCACUAAAUAAUGUUCAAGACAUUUCUUACCCCUCUCCUUGAUGGGUAAAAUCGUCUGGUGUUAACCAGAGUAAAAAUAUUUUGCAUUAGCAAUAGUAAAAGUAGUAUGCACAAGGAUUUACUGUAAUUCAUUUAUAGCCACAUAUAUGGGUACUAAGCUUAACUCAGUCAUAAUUAAUAUAAAACUAUUUUCCAUUGAUGAGUAAAAUUAUGUCGUGUUAGCCAUUGAGAGUAAAUUAAUAAACUAGUGCAUGUACAUGUGUUAUUGAGAAUAUCAAAUAAAUCCAAAGAAUGUAAGUGAGUAGAGUAUAUAUGAUUGUGCAUGUUUACUCCUAUGUUACAUCAUGUGUCAAAAUGAAUAUUAAUGUUGGUUUCUACAAUCAAUGCUUUAAUUGUCACUAUCAAAUGAGUAUGACACUGGAUAAUGUUGUUCAUCCUCUUGUCGUCCCCUUGCCUGGUGUGGGUCUGUCAGUAAUGUAGGUUGCAUGUUAUAUAAUGGUCAGAUUGUAGUCUAGCUGAGUGCACCAUUCAGGUCCUUAGGUUAAUUGGGGGGCCAAGACACCCCCCAGCCCCCAUGUUGUCCUCACCAGUUAACUAUUUGGCACCCCCAGUGUAAAUCUCCUUUUUGAAAGAUAUAUCGAUAUGAAAUGGAGAGUAAUUUAGUUCAAGAGAAUAGGCAUCGUCUUCAUGGAUUUCCUAAAAUUUUACGGUCGGGUCUUGAAGUAUCAAGGUUUAGCUCAUUAAUUAAACAUGAUUACGUGAUUGAUAUGUUUGUAAUAUUUCGUCCAAUUGCAACGAGGAAUAAUGACGUGUGCACACGCCUUUAUACAAUCAGAUUAAAGAAAUUCAGCGAUAGCACACGUCAGUAAGUUGUUCCUAAAUUUUCAUUUUUAUAAAAUGUGUCAUUAUUUCAUUUGCGAGAAUUUUUCUGCUGUUCAUUUCAACUCGUCUGAUUUAAUUAGCCAUUCUCACGCCUCCACUUUUCGGUGGUAAGCGAGAUACUGUAAGUCCACAUAACAGCGACUUUUUAUAAUUUUUUGGACGAAUGAUGAGAUAUUUGCUUUGUAAAUGGUUAGUUUAUUUAAAAAAUUGCCUUUCACAUUAUUUUAAUUGUCUGCAUUGGUUAACGAGAAUUGGUGCCACUAAAAAUGGCGGAUAUUCGUCAUCGUGAGAAAGGCGACGGACAAACACGGACAAAUAAUCCUUUUAAUUUAAAAUACAAACCGCUCCAUUGUCGAACAUUCAUGUAUAGAAUUAGAGCGAUAAAAUAAUAGAAUGAAACUGCCUUUCAUGGUCGAAUUAGCCAAACCCUAAUUAUUACAAAGACAAAGUCUGUAUGCUGUGAACAAGUCAAAUAAAUUUGUUAUCAACUUGCAGCAAGUCUGCAAAUGUCAAGUUGCAACUUAAGCCUGAUUUUAACAGACUUGCUGCAUGUUGUUCAUCAGACUUGUCAAGACUUGUUAUCCACACGCUUGCUGCAAAUUGCCUGAACAACUUGCAGCAAGCCUGCAGAUAACAACUUGCAGCAAGCCUGCGGAUAACAACUUGCAGCAAGCCUGAUUCUCGCAACUUGCAUCAACAUUGAUGCAUUCAUCAGACUUGGCCCACGUUGUUCCAUCAGACUUGUCAAAACUUGAUAUCUACAGACUUGAUGCAAGUUGAUGAAACAACUUGCAUCGAGUCUACAAAUAACAAAUUGCACCAAGGCUGAUUUCCUCAACUUUCGUCAGCAUUGAUGCGUUCAUCAGACUUGCAGCAAGCCUGUUGAAAUCAGACUUGCUCAUGCAAGUUGACAUUUGCAAAUGUUUCAUCAACUUGCACUGUAUAAUAAGAAGCGGUAAUUAUCGUUGAAAGCAAUUCAGUUGCCAACUUUAACUUGCCACUGUGGGUAUGCAGCUAGCAAAGUACGGUACAUUUGCAAGUUCACAGUUCGUAGGAUUUUUUUAAUAAUCGUUCCCUGUUAUUUUUCGUAUAGAUGCGAAAUUUGUUUACCAUGGAAUGGAAGAUAAAGAAUCUAAACUGAACAGUGCUGGAAUUAAAACAAAUGAAUUAACUUGACAGGACUUAAAUAUACCUGAAAGAAUUGAUGACGUAAGGCGUGAUAUCGCGAUUAAUUUCAUGCUUACGUGCCACAAAAUAAGCUUCAUGAUUGGACAAUUUGAAGUUGAGGUAUAAUGUGACGUAAUAUCCUGCUAGUAGAGAACCAAUCAGAUUGCAGAAUAUACCUCAUAUCCAGACCUUGUGUAUAAAAUAAUUAUAUUAUUAAUUACAUGUAGGAGAACUCAUAUACAGGGUGUAUAAAAAAUAACUGAACAAAUAUGAAUUUGCUCUCAAUUUCGAAAAACAGCUAUUAGUAUCCAGUUAUUAGUAUCCAGAUGUAUAUAGCUUCAAUGGGUACUUAUAAUGUAUAAUAAUGAAAAAAAAUUGUCGAACUCAAAUUUUGUGAACCAGGUGGGGGGGGGGAGGGGGGUCUUUUCCAACAAACUAAAAAUGGCUUGCGCACAAAAUCUAAAAGCUUUAAUCAUAUUUUGAGUUAAUAGAUGGAAAAUGUGUUGGGUUUUUAAUUACUGUACAAAUUUUCAGAGAAUUUGCUUUAGUUUAAGCCUUUAACUAUUCACGCAAACUUACAUGUUUUCCUAAAAAUCAGCUAUUUGCAUGCUUAAUUAAUGCCUUUGCCUAAUUUGCAUCUGUCAUUUGCAAAUUAGGUAACGGCAUUAAUUAAGCAUGUGAAAGGCUGACUUUUUAGGAAAAAAUGAAUAGCAAAAGGGCUUAAACUAUAAAGCAAAGUGUCAGAAAUUUUGUACAGUAUAAUUAAAAACCCAACAAAUUUUCCAUCUAUUAACUCAAAAUAUGAUUAAAGCUUUUAACCCACCCCCCCUGGUUCACAAAAUUUGAGUUGGGGAAAUUUUUUUCAUUCUACAUUAUAAGUACCCAAAGAAGCUACAUACAUCAAAAACUGGGAUACUAAUAGCUGUUUUGCGAAAUUGAGAGCAAUUUCAAAUCUGUUCAGUUUUUUUUUAUACACCCUGUAUAUUUAGUAUAUACGCAUGCAUUUUUAUCGCUGCCUGUUAUAGCUAUAUUACAUGUACAUCUUUUUCAGAAAAUAUUAUAAGAUGUUUCCUUAAAGACGUUGUUGUGUUUGUUGUUUCUCUUUCAGUCUAGAUACUAAGAUUGAAAUGAAGUCAAUCCGAUCUAUGAUUGAAAAACUGAUCUAUAAGAUUGAAAAUUGUAAUCUAAUAGAUUGAAUAUUUCAAUAUUUUAACGAUUGAAAGUCUUCAAUCUAAAAAAAGAUUGAUUUUCAAUCCGGGAAGUUUGGUCCUGCAAACCAAACUUGCAAAGAUUGAAAAAAGAUUGAAAACCUUAACCGAUUGAAAAAUAAUCACUCUUUUAGAUUGAAAAUAUUCCAAUCUAAACAAAGAGUGAAAAUAUAUUCAGUCUAAAUUUUCAAUCGAAAAGAUUGAAAUUCGAUUCAAAAGUAACUCUUUUUAGAUUGAUUUUGCUUUCAAUCGAAGGUACGAUUGGUUUUCAAUCGUAAACGUUUGGUCCCUAAGAACAGUCUGAAAAAGAUUGAAAAUUCAAUCGAAUAGAUUGAAAUUUCAAUCGUUUGAAUUAAGAGAGAAGCUCGUAGCAACUUGUUACGAACAGCCUGUGUUAGUGUUGAUGGAACAACUUGUAGCAAGUCUGUUACCGUCACCAACCUUGUAACAAGGUGAUAACAACUUGUUCCAGACUUGUCACAACAACUGGGAACAAGCAGUGCGAACACAUCCUGAUAUCGGCUUCACAACAACCUUGUUACAAUUUGUUUGCAGAUCUCUAACAACUUGCGCCUUUU